AUGAAAAAUGAAGAACUCUCCGAUGAUGCGCCCGCAUCUGCGCCCGCGCCGGUACCAGGUCAAGACUUUGAUCUCCUCGCGCAAGCCAUGUCCUCCGCCUUCCCCGGCUUUGCACCUUCCAACUCUGACCCCUCCUCCACAACUCCCUCUCUCCCCCCUUCCCUCGCCUCCCUGCGCGAUAAAUCCGGUCCCGAAAUUCUCGCUUCUCUGAACUCCACUCCCCUGUUCAUGACCGAACUCGAGGAAAACGACGAACUAGAAGCUUUCAAGGCAUUGGCCUAUGAAGGUACACCGUUAGAAAUCGCUUCCAAUUUCAAGGAGCAGGGAAAUGACAGCUUCAAGGAGAAGAGAUUAGCAGAUGCAAAGGAGUUUUAUACGAAGGGUGUGAAUAUUUUAUUGGCUGAAGUGAGGAGGAGACAGAGAGGCGAGAAAAGGUCUGGAGAUGUGCCGGAAGAGAAGGAGGAUGAGAUUGUGGAGGAGGUCAAAAUACUUGAGGUGUUGCUUGUGAACAGGGCGAUGGCGCAUUUGGGACUGAAGAACUAUAGGAGUUGUGUGUUUGAUUGUGGAGCGGUGUUGAGGAUCAAUAAUAAAAACACCAAGGCGUUUUAUCGAAGUGCGAAAGCCCUACUGGCUUUGGGAAGGAUAAAGGAAGCGGAUGAUGCAUGUGCAAGGGGGUUGGAAUUAGCGGCGGAUGACAAAGCACUAUUAGCUUUGGCUGGAGAGAUUAUGAAGAAGAAUGAGGAGAUUGAAACGAAGAGGAAGAAGGAGGUUGAACGGCUGGUGAGGGAGAAGAAUAUAGAGAAGAUAUUGAAAACGUCAUUGGCGGCGAGGGAAAUCACUCUACGGAUGACGGAUAAACCACCAGAGAUGGAGGAUGCGAAGAUCGAAUUAGUGCCCGAUCCAUUGGAUCCAAUCAAUUCGACUUUAUCCUUCCCAGCUCUCCUACUAUACCCUCUUGCAGCAGAAUCGGAUUUCAUCAAGUCGUUUAAUGAGAUGGAUACUGUGGGACAACAUCUGGAAUACAUAUUACCACUUCCAUGGGACGUUAAAGGUGAAUAUAGAGAUGAAAAGGCGGUGGAGUGCUACGUGGAAAAGAAGAAGGGCUCUUUGAUUAAGGUAGGCAGAAAAGUUACACUAUUGAAGGUCUUAAAUGGUGGAGAAGUGGUGGAUGGUGUUGUGAGCAUUUAUGUUGUGCCGAAGCAGAAAGCAGCGGGAUGGAUAGAAGAAUGGAAAAGGAAGAAUGUGGUAGCAAAAUAA